AGCACAGUUCAGCUUUCUAUUCUCAUCACACCCGACAUCCGACCAAUGAAUGCCUUAAAGAGAAGUAUGUUUACAGGUCUGACUUCCCCCAUUGCGCUUGUCUUUAAGAGGAUGUCAGAUGCACUAAGAAAACAGACAGAGGAAGACAGAGGGAGAGAAAGAGAGCGAGGCACACGCUUAUGUUUGGAAGUACUUCAUUUACUCCAGCCAGUCUUCUUCUCGUAUUAAGGAUGCAGUUUGUUAGUAGUAGAUCUUCCUGGUUUUGUGCUAUGAUACUCACCACUUUACAACUUUGGGGAAGCCUUUCAGCUUCAACCUCAUCUCAGACUCUUCCAACACCUACAUUGGAAAUCUACUCGAGGUCAAGGGACUCUGUGGUCCUGGUCUGCCGAGCCCCUGAGGGUCACCCUGGGAUUCAGUUCAUGCUGUACCAUGAAAGACACAAAGUGGACUCACAAGACCUGCAGACUGCUGCUCAGGUGGUUCAGUUCAGCAUCAGGAUGGAAGGAUGGGAUUCUGGCCAGAGUAAACUUUUCUGCUGUCUGUAUAAGAACCAGAAGGGCCAAUACAGUGCGUUCAGUCACUAUUUGCAACUGGAGGACCUAAAUGCUGCUGGUCCAACUCACAGCAAUCCCUCCGUCCCUGCUCCUCUCUUGUCCGUGGAGCCCUCUACAGGUGUGGUAAAACGUGGAGACAUGCUCUCUUUCCACUGCACAGUCCCCCCUCACCCACACCAGCUGCAGUCCCAGUCUUACAGCCCUGCCACUUUUCUUUUGCUGAGAAAUACUGCACAAACAAAGGAGACUACAGUUAUCCCGCAGCUGCAGGCCAGUCAGGUUUCAAACUCUGAAGCAACGCCAGGGAUCUUCACUGUAGGGCCGGUUCGGGGAGGAGAGGCGGGCGAGUACACCUGCCUCUACCAAACAAACCAACAAAACGGACGGGUUAACUCAACCGUCAGCAAUGUGGUGCAAAUCACCAUUAGAGACAUGCUGCCUGUACCUACCCUUGUUCUCCAGCAGCAGACGGAUGUCUGGCAUUUGCUCUGCUCGGGGUCCCCUGCAUACCCCGGUGCGGUGUUCUCACUCUUUCAGGUGGAUAACGAGCAUCCUGUUGAUAAUUACCGUGCAAACAUGAUCCACCAUCAAGCCACAUUCCCCGUGCCUGUGCAGGACACACCAGUGGCUUUGUACCAGUGCCAGUACAGUGUCUUCCUGGAAAGUAGAUGGAGCAUUUCUGAACUAAGCGCACCUCUCACCGUAACAAAAGGAAUCUCCCCUCCAGCUUCACCUGGUAGGCUCACAGGUGUGGACUGGCCUCUUGUACUGGGCUCUUUAUCUGCUGCAGUACUGUUCCUCUGUUCGUUGGCCCUCGUGGCUGUGGUUGCACGCAGGAAAGCGAACAUAGCAGCAGAGGAAAAGAAGAGAAGGCAGGAAGCUCAGUUCUGGACUCAAGUUCAUGGUAAAGACCAUGUCGUUGACCUUGCACUCAGAUGUACAAGCUUUACAUCUCAGGAAUGGGCCAGCGUGGACACGGAAACAGGUCCCAGAUCUUCUGUCUGGCACCCUCUCUCUACAUUCACAACGCCGAUCCAUUAGAAUAUUUUUCUAUUUUAAAUGUGUGUGUGUGUGUGUGGAUGUAUGUGUGCUUACCUUAUUAAAGUUUAUCACUGUAGCAUCAGCUGGAAUGACACAGCGGGGAAAGGAAAGGGUAUUUCUUCACUUCCUAUUUCAUUUUAUGUGUAGCAGUAAUUGCACAGUUUGACAGGAAAUGAUGUUUGUUUGAUCUUACUGAGCCCAUGUAUCUAAAAACAGAUUUUAUUAAAUAUUAUGUUUUUACACGG